AAUAACUGUUGAAACAGUGUCUGACAACCCUAAAAAGUUGGUUAAACAACGUUAACAAGCAACCAAACUCCAGCUGAGCAUUACCCUUCUUUUCACCAGAAUUUUGUCCUGAUUUUCGUUUUACUCUCAUCUAAUUUUUAUUUCAUACAAAGUCAGGCUAGAGAGAGAGAGAGAGAGAGAGAGAGAGAGAGAUGAUGUAUACUUUGCUUAAUGAGAGGAUUUAGAUAACAGAUUAUUCAUUAGAUCAACAGCAAGAGAAAGCCAUGGCUUCAGAGACCAAAUAUGUGAAGGUCAAGCCCAGUGGUCAUGAUGGUUCAUCAUCAUCAUCAAAGGCCAAGUUUGAUUCAUCUAUCAAGAAGAAGAAACUUGUUGACAGCUCAACCAAACAGCCCCUUAAUCCAAAGCUUAAAUCUACUGGUACAAUCACAAAAACUGAGGUAAGAACAAAAACAACUUCAAGUUCAUUGACAACCAAAAAGACAACUACAGUUAAAACAAGAGAGAAGAAAGUUUACACCUUGCCAGGCCAGAAGUAUGAUGUUCCCGAAGAGAGGGAACCUCUAAGGAUAUUUUAUGAGUCAUUGUCGGAACAGAUACCUUCAAGUGAAAUGGCAGAGUUUUGGAUGAUGGAACAUGGUUUAUUGUCACCUGAAAGAGCAAAGAAGGCAUGCGAAAAGAAGCAAAGGAAACAAAAGCAACUUCGGAUGGGAACUCCCAUUAAAUCUCCACCACCACAACCAAGUAGAACUGAGAGUUUGAAAAAGCAGCAGCAGAUGUUGAAAAAUGGUGAUGUAAAAGCCAAGAAAAGAAUUAUCAAUGACAGCGAUGAUGAUAUUGACUUUAUAAAAAGUCCCAAGAGGAGGAAAGGGGACUCUUCUAGCAUUUCAUUGAGUUUUGUUGAUAACAGUAUAUGUGGGUGGAUGGUUCUGUUUUUGGCCUUGCCGGGAAUAUUUAGAUUGGGUUCAGAUCAUUUUUAGAAGGUUUCAUUGCUUGGUUUAAUGGUAAAAACUCGAACUGAUGCAUGUUCGAGAGUUCGAGUCUAUCAUCAGGUCUAUCUCCUGUCUUCUCCUCCCAACAUGUUGCGCGGACAGGACAUUUCACCAGGUAAUCCUCUUUUACCUUACGAUAUAUUUUUCUUGUUAAUUUGACUUUAGAUGAUAAAUUAUUGGAUAGAAAGUUACCUGUCCCCACCUGCAUAUAUAUCUGUUCAUGUGUUCCUUGGGGAUUGUCACCUGCCUUUAAUAUUUAUGACCAAGGAUAGCAACAGUACCAAGGGUAAAAAAAGAAAAACCCAUGUAGUCCAUGAGGACCAUGACAGUGCCAUGGAGCUUUUUUUUUUUUUUUCCUUAGAAAAGCAUGAAUAUCUGAGUGUAACAGAGGCAAGUGUAGCAGACCUGUGGUCAUGAUUCAGAACUUAAAGUUGUUGAUAAAUUGAUCUCUCUAAUGUUCGCAAUGAAUAUAUAAAUUGCAUGUGAAUCGAGCAUACGAAAUACAAGGCACAUUUAGUGUGUAGAUUAUUAUCUUAUAGAUUUAUGGUCAGCUGAUUCAGGUGUCAGUACCAUGCAUGGGACUGUUAAUUAGUGUUUGUAGAAUUAAAUUUUUAUCCUCCCUUUCUGUGCUUGAUGCAUGUGACGCCCACGACCCACCGGACCGCAUGACACAGUACAGCCCCCCAUUUACAGGCAUUUUGGUCAAAAUGAAAGCUACUGGCUUUUGAAGAUUCUGAAUAACGGGUUGUUGUUAAUUGUGACAAUGUCUUGUAUUGUCCUUGUUAACUGAUUUCUGUGCUGGGAUGGUAUUAAUUUUUGCAAUGCAUCGAUUCAGGCAAAAAUAGAUUGGAGGGUUAGUAUUUAUUUUGUGAGAGACAAGUUGUUGGUUAUAUGUGUGCAUUAUGUCUCAUGUUUGUGAUAGUGUUGUAUGCAUAAUAGUCCUCUAGAUUUGAUAAAAGCUAGUGAUAUAGGAAGUUUUUUGUUGAUGAGUAGGGUGCCCCUAAUAAAGCAAUGCGAAAAUCGCCAUUUUUGACAGAAUUUUUCUGGGAAAAGAUUAUUGUUGAUAUGUUAGGGCAACAUUUCUAUUUCAAUUUAUAGGUUGUUUUACUAGUCUGGUUUUGUUAUUUCUGAUCAUCAUUGUGCACUAUGCCAAAUAUGAUGAAUGUAGUACUUAAUUUUGAACGUAUCCAGCACAACCUCAGUCCUCAAAUCUGUUGGGGAGCUCACAAGAUCCGAGGACUGAGCCUGUCGCGACUGUGCUUAGCAUAGCUCGUAAACAUAUACAGUAGUUUAAGAGCAAAAUACGAGUCCAGGUGAGCAUGAUCUACGCGACUGUGCAAACUGAAAAAUCAUACAGAAGAUUACUGAAGACCAUGAAAACAUGAGCCCAGCUGAGAGAAUAUGUGAUCCAAGUGUUGUGGCUGUGGUAGAAGUAAAAUAUAUUUCAGAGUAAUGGUAUACAAGCCGAAGGAUCGUACAGAUUGCACGGUCUAAGUAGAUUGAAGUAAUUUGUUGUAGGUUCCAGCUUCCACCACCACAAUUUCAAGGUUUUUGGUACAUUCCCUGUAGAUGUGACCCAGUUGUCGUGCCAUUAAAAUAACAAAUCUUUCCUUCAAGAAAAUGUGUGGCCAUGGAUUUUAGGUCUUCGACGAGUUGUAUCAGUAUUGGUUCUUGCAGGAUUACCAGUGCCACAAGAUGAUCUCAAUGAUGUUUAUUGUUCACUUAUGGGUCCGAGUUCUUGUCGACCAACAGCUCAGUUGUUUGAGGUACAAUUCAACUUCUUCUGGGUGAGAAUUGAGCAUUCAAGUUUACUUCAUUUAUUAGAAGAAGAUUAUAAGCUGGAAUAGUGAAGGCUGUGUUCGGCAACAACUUCAUACAAUAAUGAAUUUUUCUCAUAAUAAUUAGUAACUUCAGAAUACCUUUAUUUUCUCAGUUCCCUACCUAAGUAUUAACCACAUAAGCCAACUCCUAAGCAAUUGUGUAUCACGGAAAAAUAUUAGGCAUUCCGGGAGUGCGGACUGUAGUACUUCAGAGUUCGGACCAGUGAAUAUUCACUAUUUUUACGAUAAGUGCUUGACCGUACUAUGUUAUGGGUACCUGAAUAAUUUCUGGUGUCACGGGUAUCAAUUUUAUUCUUGUUGCCAGCUCACAUCUAGAGGUACAAUUGAACAUGCUCAACAUUAGCAUGUUGAAGAUCAGAAUAUGAUGACUAUCAAACGUUUUUGGACUGUGAAUUUGCAGAAGAAAGGUACGUUAUAACAAAAUGAUUUGAAUGGUGUAUUUUGAACAACCUCCAUUAAAGCUUUUGUUUCUUGUUUACAUUAAGACAUUUUUAUUUUUAUUUUUUAUGACUUCCAAUAGGUUUUCAACUGAUCCGCUUCCCACACAAUGUAUUUCUCCAUUGUUUAUUCAAUUCUUCUGCUCUAAUUUGAUCGGUUGACUUGCUGAAUGUGGUUGAUUCUGCUGUUCUCAGUGUUUUAGAUCUCUCAAUCAUGUAUAGUAUCUCUAGAUUGAUAAACAGUAUUUCUCUCUUCAUAAUAAUGAUUCUCCCUAGAUUACUCAGAGGCUCUCAAUUGGUGGCCCUAGACUGACUAUAACUAAUUUUACCCUAGAAAUGUAAUCGAGUCUUGAGAGAUUUCUCCAAGUUCUUAGCUGAGCUUUAUCUCCACCAUCUCUUGUGAUUGCAGGCAAAUUAUCAUGAGUAGGAAUUUGCUAGCACAGGACUCGUAAUCCUAACAAUUACAAUUAGGUAGUGUUUCUUCUCGUAAAGAAGAUAUUGAAAAAUACUUUUGACUCAUUAAUAUAGGUCAAUAAAUUUUUUUAGAAAUAUUCUUCAUUGCCUUUGAUAAUUAGUUUCAAACUAUUCACAAAUGAAUCCAAGGAUUUUAAGUCCCUUCAAAGAGAUAUUGUGGCAGAGUUUCGAUUCAAACUUUCUUCUCUGCAGAAUGUGGAAAAUUCUCCUACCAAUAAGUGGCUUUGCAGAGAAUUGUGAUUUCUGAAGGUAUCCUGGAAGCUUGAUAACUGUCUGGAUGAUGCAUAUGUAAUCAUGUUCUUAUCAGUUUGGGCUUUCGUGUUUAUAAUCAGCUGUAUGUCUACGUUCGAGAAUAUAACUUUUGAGCAUCUGUGAAAAUCUUGUGUAGCAGUUGGUUAGCGAUUAGAUGGCUUAUUCUGAUGUGCUAUUUGAUUUGAAGAUGCAAGACAGCAUAUCUCUGGUAGUUCAUUCAGCACAAGUUCCGCUUUAUGCUUUAUUUUCCAACUUGCGGUGAUGUGGACUUUUGCAGGGACUCUUCUAGCAUUUCACUGAGUUUUGUUGAUAACAGUAUAUGUGGGUGGAUGGUUCUGUUUUUGGCCUUGCCGGGAAUAUUUAGAUUGGGUUCAGAUCAUUUUUAGUAGGU